AAAAAGGCCAAUACCUAGAAAAAAACCCAAAUCUAUACCACUGCCCAACUACCACUUACCUCAAAACCCAUUUCCAAAACUACAAAUAAGCAUACAUCACAAAAAAGGGCUAUACCUACUCAACACACUGGACCCAGAGCCACCUAGAAUAACAAUAAAAAAACCACCCAUCUAUACCACUGCCCAAACACCAGUUUCCAGAAAACCCAUUUCUACAACUACAAAUAACCAUACACAACAACCACAAUACUAACAACAAAGAACCAAAUAACAAGACCAACAACAGAGGAAUACCAUCAUACAAUCGACCAAUCCCCAUUAAGUCAAAACCCUCAACCCAUCCCCAAAACAUAAAAAUACAACUUACAUACACCUAUCCAACCAACCACAAAACACAUCGACAUUCCUAAAACCUACAAGGCCAUUACAUGCUUAUCAUUUUCCCUAAUUCCACCAUUCAUACUUCCCUCCAACUGACAAAAGAAAACCACACAGAAAUAUUGUACAUUCACAACCAUUUACCAAAUAAUAUCCCGAUGGUGCACCAUGUUAAACUGCUUACCUGAUAAACUUCUCAACCAAAAGGUCACAGGUUUGAAUUGGGGGAGUGGACUGACCCCCUAAUUUUAGCCCCAGCUUCUCCCAACCCAGAAGUUUGAAAACAUUCCAAUGUGAGUACAUCAAUAAGUACUGCUCCGACGUGAACGUAAUGCCGCUCCAUGCAGUCAUAACACAUAACCUUGCAGAAGUCUAUGGACAAUGCCGGCUCUUCGGCUAAAAAAUAAAAAAGACCACCAACCCCUACAGUCAAACACGACUACACUUCAUGUCGGGAAAACCUUUACCCUUUACCUUAACUACCAACAAUCCCUCAAUACUUUAUUCCCCAUACCACCAUACUUCGCAACAACCAACACACAUUGCUCCACCACAAAUCCCAAACAUCCAACCAACCUCAGACACACCCUACCAUAAAUUAGGACAACCGCUACAUACAUCAAAUCACCUAUACAUGUCCGCCCUGCUAACGCAAACAACACAUACACAAGACACACAAAUAAACCCAAUACCUAAAAUACACACAAUACUCACACAACUUCCCAUUUCUCUUCUAGGAGUACUCACAAACAGAAACAACUUGCAGCUAUGCCACGAAGAAAAUCAAAUCUCGGCCGCCAUACACGACAAAGGCGGGCACAACGGCUAGCUAUUUCACAACAAACCGAAAUAGAAAGAACAGCAACAAAACAGCGAAAAAAACACACAACAGCUCUACUAUACACAAAUGAAGAUACAGAACACCGUGCAAAAAGACUACAAGAAGCACGGCUUUCUGCUGAUCACGACCGUGCAAAAACAAAAGAAAAGAAGCGCAAACAACAACUCGCCACACUAAGGAACAUGCGCCAACAAAUGAGGACACAACAAACAAACAAAUACCACUGCAUAGCAUUCCAGUACAAUCCAACUGAGGACUACAAUUCAGCUCAUCCUGUACACAUUGGCAACCUAACAACAAUCUGUCCUCACUGCAAUGCCAUGAAAUUCCCAGGAGAAACAAAAGGCAUGUGCUGUGCUGCUGGAAAAGUAAGACUACCACAACUAGAACCACCACCAGAGCCAUUGCACAGUCUACUUGCUGGAGAAUCUCCAGAAUCGAAGCAUUUUCUUACAAACAUCAGAAGAUACAACUCUUGCUUCCAGAUGACUUCAUUCAAGGCGAACAUCAUCACUGCACCAUUCAUGCCAACAUUCAAAAUCCAAGGACAAAUCUAUCACAAUGCCGGAUCCCUCUUACCAUACAAUGAGGGCCAACACAAAUUCCUACAACUAUACUUCAUAGGAGAUGAGGAACAACAAGUAACUAGACGAUGUAGUAUUUCUGAUGCAGUACACACAAACAUUGUAAAACAACUACAAAAAUUACUACUGGAAAGGAACCAUUUGAUAAGAUUAUUCAGAACAGCCCUAGACAUGAUGCCAACAGACACACACAAACUUAUUAUCCAUCCAGAGAAAACCCCUACUGGACAACAUCAACGCAGAUACAACGCACCAACUGUAGAUGAAGUUGCCAUUGUAAUAGUAGGAGAUCAAUUUCAGCCAAGAGACAUUAUACUUCAUCGACGAAACAAUCAAUUAACCACAGUCUCGGAAACGCAUCGAUGCUACGAUGCUCUACAGUACCCCAUUAUUUUCUGGGAUGGUGCAGAUGGAUACCACAUUAACAUCAAAAUGGUCAAUCCCAUCACUGGCGCAGAAACAGACAACAAAUGUAGUGCAAUGAACUACUACGCCUACAGAAUCAUGAUAAGAGAACACAACACAAACCACAUCUUGCAAUGUCGACAACUUUUCCACCAGUACAUUGUGGACAUGUAUGCCAAGAUAGAAUCAGAAAGAUUACAAUACAUCCGCUUCAAUCAGUCGAAACUCCGAUCCGAAGAAUACAUACACUUAAGAGAUGCAGCCAAACAUGAUGGCCACACAAAACAAAUUGGAAAACUCACAAUAUUACCAUCGUCCUAUACAGGGAGUCCACGCCAUAUGCAUUCAUAUGCCCAAGAUGCCAUCACUUAUGUUCGACAAUAUGGACGUCCGGACUUAUUCAUUACAUUUACAUGUAAUCCAUCUUGGGACAGUAUACAACAACUUCUACUUCCCGAUCAAACAUCUGUUGAUAGGCAUGACAUCACUGCCCGAGUAUUUAGACAAAAGCUAAAAUCAAUGAUGGCCUUCAUGGUAAAAUAUGAAGUGUUCGGAAAGGUACGCUGCUGGAUGUAUUCUGUUGAGUGGCAAAAAAGAGGCCUGCCACAUGCCCAUAUUCUAAUUUGGCUCUACCAAAAAAUCACAUCCAAUGAAAUAGACAAAGUCAUAAGUGCUGAGAUACCUGAUCCUAACGUAGAUCAAGAAUUACAUGACAUAGUAACCAAAAACAUGAUUCAUGGACCAUGUGGCGUACUCAAUCCCAAGUCACCAUGUAUGAAGGAUGGAACAUGCACCAAAAGAUAUCCCCGCACGCUCAUACCAAACACAAUCACAGGCAACGAUGGCUAUCCUUUGUAUAGGAGAAGAUCACCAGAGCAAGGAGGCCAUGUAACAACGAUGCGAAUGCACAAAGAAGAAAUACAAGUGGAUAACCGCUGGAUUGUACCAUACUCUCCUCUACUAAGCAAAACAUACAAAGCACACAUCAAUGUAGAAUACUGCAACUCUGUAAAAUCAAUCAAAUAUAUUUGCAAAUAUAUCAACAAAGGAAGUGACAUGGCAGUAUUUGCAAUGGAACCAAAAGACACAAGUGAAACAAUAGAUAUUGAUGAAAUUUCCCAGUAUCAGGCAGGAAGAUACAUCAGCAGCAACGAGGCUAUUUGGCGAAUUCUCAUGUUUCCAAUACAUGAAAGGAGUCCACCUGUGGUACACCUGGCUGUACACUUAGAAAAUGGACAACGAGUUUAUUUUACUGAGGCAACAUUACAACAAGUUGCAGAAAAUCCACCACCAACAACUUUAACAUCAUUCUUCACUUUGUGUCAAACAGACCCAUUUGCAAGAACACUACUUUAUUCUGAAGUACCAACAUAUUAUACAUGGGAUCCCACCAGGAAAAAUUUUGCUCGACGCAAAAGAGGAGAACCAGUAGAAGGACAAACAGGUGUAUUCAAAGACAACACCAUAGGAAGGUUAUACACUGUACAUCCAAGGCAAGAUGAAUGCUUCUUCCUUCGUUUGUUAUUAGUAAAUGUCAGAGGACCAACAUCAUUCCAACAAUUAAAAACAGUCAAUGGAAUAACUUACGACACAUUUCGUGGUGCCUGUCAAGCUCUGAAUUUGCUGGAGAAUGAUCAACACUGGGAUGAAUGCAUAAACGAUGCAUGCCAGACAUCACAUCCCAAACAAAUACGAACACUGUUUGUGAUCAUUCUAACCUCCUGCUCUCCAUCGUCCCCAACACAACUCUGGGAAAAAUAUAAAUCAUACAUGGCAGAAGAUAUUUUUCAUCUCAUACACAGACAAAAUACUGAAAUCGACGAUGAAAAAAGCAAACAAAUUUACAACGAAGUCCUCAUUAGGAUAGAAGAUGCUUGCUUACAAGUAGCACACAAACUACUUGAACAAUUAGGAAUGCCAACACCAAAUCGCACAUCACCCCCAACAUUUGAGGUAGAAAUGCAACAGGAACUCAAUUACAACACAGAAGAACAGCGCACCUACGUACAGUCUAAUAUCCCCAAACUGACACAUGAGCAAGUAUCAGUGUAUAAUCGGAUAAUCAAUACAGUAGAAAAUGAAAAUGGAGAGAUAUUCUUUUUGGAUGCACCAGGAGGUACAGGAAAAACCUUCCUGAUAAGACUCAUUCUGGCAACAAUACGAUCGGAAAAUAACAUCGCUUUAGCACUUGCAUCAUCUGGGAUAGCAGCAACAUUGCUACCAGGAGGAAGAACGGCACAUUCAGCACUAAAACUACCCUUAAACAUACAACACAUCGAAACACCAAUAUGUAACAUCUCAAAAACAUCAAGUAUGGGAAAAGUACUCCAAAAAUCCAAAAUAAUCAUAUGGGACGAAUGUACUAUGGCCCACAAGAAAUCUCUUGAGGCUCUCCACCGUACACUUCAAGACCUGCGUGGCAAUAAAGGCCCCUUUGGAAAUGCCACAAUACUUCUGGCAGGAGACUUCAGGCAAACCUUGCCCAUCAUUCCCCGUUCCACACCAGCGGAUGAAAUCAAUGCAUGCCUGAAAUACUCUGAUUUGUGGCAAUAUGUCAAAACAUUAAAACUGACCACAAACAUGCGAGUCCAACUCCAGCAAGACUGCACAGCAGACAUAUUUACCAAUCAAUUAUUAGACAUCGGAAAUGGACAACUGCCAAUCGAUCAAACCACAGGACGAAUUACACUACCUCCAAACUUCUGUACCAUUCUAACAUCUAAAGAACAACUUAUACAAAAAGUAUUCCCAAACAUCCAAAAUAAUUACACAAACGAAAACUGGCUCAGUGAACGGGCUAUUUUAGCUCCAAAAAAUGUAGAUGUCUAUGCCAUAAAUCAUACAAUUUUGUCAACCAUACCAAAUGAAAUUUUAGUUUAUAAAUCCAUUGACACAGUUGUUGAAGCUGAUGAGGCAAUUCAUUACCCUACAGAAUUCCUCAAUUCUCUAGAUUUACCAGGACUCCCACCACAUAUCCUCAAAUUAAAAUUAGGCGUCCCUAUUAUCAUGCUUAGAAACAUUAACCCUCCAAAAUUGUGCAAUGGAACACGUCUGGCAGUCAAAAAUUUACUUAAAAAUGUCAUCAAAGCAAGAAUAAUCACCGGACCCUUUAAAGGAGAAGAUGUCCUCAUCCCACGAAUACCUAUGAUUCCCACCGAUAUGCCCUUUCAAUUCAGCAGGCUCCAAUUCCCAAUACGAUUAGCUUUUGCCAUGACAAUCAACAAGGCACAAGGACAAACACUACAAGUCUGUGGAAUCAAUCUUGACACCGAAUGCUUCUCACAUGGACAAUUAUAUGUUGCAUGUUCCAGAGUGGGGAAACCACAAAAUCUCUACAUCAACGCACAGAAUGGAACAACCAAAAACAUCGUGUACCCACAAGCUUUAGGACAGAAUAUAUAAUAAUCCCCAGCACUUCCCAAGGACCAUCACAAAAAAAAAUCAACAGUAAAAAAUAGACCACAUUCAGCAGACUCAAGUAUCAAGAACAACAACCAAUCACAGACAACAUUCCUCUCAACCAAUCUUCAAUCAACAUAAAAAUUGAACAACGUAACAAACUUCAACAACUACUACUAAUUGUGAGUAUAAAAGAGGGAGAGGGUCACAGUAAAAAUAAAACCUAAUGUAGAUUGACCAACACCACUAAAAAAAGCCACAGCAACGCGUGGCCGGGCACAGCUAGUCUAUAUAUAUAAAAGGGUAAUGAAAUUUCAGCCUAGGACAAAACAACAAAACUGCACAUCCCAGAAACACUAAACUUGGCAGCACAACCCCUCAUCCA